UACAGACCUGUUUUCUCCAUCAUGGCCUCUACAACACUUUCACCAUUCUUCAAGCCAUGUAUACCGACUAUUCAUAUAACGCCUUCAGAUGAUGGCUGUAGCGAUGGUAGCUCGUCCUCCAGUGAUGAAGAGUCUAACACCGACCGCACUAUCCAUAAACAAAAGGUUGUCCGGCCGCCUUUUCGACCAUCUCGCCCGAACCGUUCGAAAUCGGCUCCUUUACCAAGUGACGAUGAAGAUAGCAGCGAAGACGAUAGUCCGGUCAGACAAAUUGACCAGCCAUCAACGUUUCACCAACCGUGUAAUGCAAUGCCAAGCCGUAAGGCGCCACAACGGCCUAGAGCCAUGUCUGAUGAUUUCCAACAAACUACACCCCGUCGUCUCCAUCGACCGAUACCACCGCCACUGACCCAUGUCCAGUCCAGUCAAUCGCUUGCCUAUUUUGUAUACCCCACCGUCCCACGUUAUAUACCAGCCGCUCAUUGCUCAAUGUAUCCACAACACCGAAAGCCUACUUUGAUGCCUAAAGCAGCUCAAAUGCCCGGCUAUAGGAGAGCCAAACAUGUCGAAAGCCUGAACCAUCGAGGCUGUCCUUAGAGUUAUAAAAAAAAUUAACCCACGAAAAACUUUUUAUUACUGUGUAUCGGUUUCUCUUUUUG